AUGAGCUACCAACCAAGGACGGGCGGAGGCAUGGGCGGCGGGUUCGCAGCCAAGCCGCCGGCAAUGGAGUACAUCUGCGCAGACUGCGCAGCGACAAACGAGAUCCGACCGCGCGAGCCCAUCCGAUGCCGCGAGUGCGGACACCGAGUCAUGUACAAGAAGCGGACAAAGCGCAUGCUCCACUUUGAAGCUCGAUGA